AUGGCGAAAUCGCGACCCAUGGACCCGGCACCUCGUCGCAGAAGGGAUCGGCCGGCCGUGCGGAUUAACAGAGGCGCCGCGACCAAGAGCGAAUGGGACGAAGAUGCGUGGGCGCAGGGCGGUAGUCAUGUCCCUCGAACGUCAGUUGCAACAUGCUCGCAGCUGAGCCGAACCCCCGUCAAGCAAGACGAAGCAGAGGACGAUAUUGCCCUUGAGACGCCCAUUGCGCUUGGCUGCUGGAAGGUCAUCGCACCCGACGGCCGCGAAGAGGUGACAUACAAGCCAAUUCCUGGCUUUGAGCAUCUGUGGAACGGCACGGAGCAGGCUCAGGUUGCACCCUCGCCCCCACCUGCUCCAUUGCCGCGCUGCCAGACGCCCGCGCCAACGGUCCAGGCACCUGCACCGGCACCGGGUAAGAAGAAACCUUUUAGUCGUAUGCGCCUCUCGCUAACUGGCUCAGCUUUGUCCACGGCACCCGAGCGCAGAAAGCGCAAGAGGACUCGAGCCAUUGUUCAGGAUUCCAGCGAAGACGACAUUGAUGACCAUUAUGGCCCAAGAGAUGUCACCAUCUCCACCCACACGGCCUACCACUUUCACAUUGGCGACCUGGAUGCAUUGAAGAAGUUUUUCCGCCGUCGACUAGACGAGCUCACCACGAAGCCAGUACGGCCCAUUGUGACUGCCUGGCUCAAGCUGCUAGAGCCCAAGCGGCUGAGCAUAUAUGGACGCUAUCACAAGAAGUUGCCUAGAGAACAGCCCCCUGCCUGUACGCCACCGUGGUGGCCCCAUGAUGUUCCGUAUGAAGAACCCUCGCAUCUUGAUAAGACAUGCCUCUUGGCAUUGGCAGUCGACAUUAUGCUGCAACAUCGCCCCAUUGACGAGGUCAAGCGCAAGGGCUCCUGGGUUGCGAAGCUUCGGCACACUGCCGAAUACGCUGUCCAGACCACGCCUUCGGACCAGUUUUCUUCUUCCAAGGGGUCUGGCUUCAGCAACAUGAUGCAGAUACGGGCUCUGACUGAGAUCCUGCCCAGCCUGUUCGAUAUUGCGCAGAAAUACGAGGACCAUGUUUGCCAAUCUCAACAGUGCGGAAAUACCAAUCUCGGAAUGGGUGGGAGAGUGACCUGGCAGCCACUCACAAGACCGCCACGUCAAACCCUUGCCCCUAGAAAACGCCAUCAGACGGCCAAGGCUACAUCAGUCGUUCGUGUUGAGUCGGAUGCGGAUGCAUCUGGAGAUGAUACUGACGUCGACGACACCGUCGCUGCCUCACAUCUGUCCCAUGACCAAAAUAUUCACAUCUCCCACCACUCGGAUGCCUCCGCGUCACGACAGGGUGCAGCUGUUUCUGUGCGUACACAAGAACCACCUCAACCAGAUAUCCGCACGUACAGCACCACGGCCACACCUAAUACGUCCUUUGGAUCGUCUAUGCAUGCGCUGCACCUGACAGAUAACAUGGACUUGAAUGUCAAUGGUGCCAGCUCUGUAUCAUAUAACAGCCAACCUCAUGCUCAGCAUACACUCGCUAGCACUCCUAUGCAGUACUCCUCUGUUCAUCCUAGCUACAACAGCCAGUUGCAUCAGAGCGGAACCUCCUUUCCUAGCAUUCAAUCUGUUUUCGCCCCAGUCUCGCCACCAGCAUACGAACACUCGCUACACAUGUUCGAUGUUCCGUAUCCUCUUCAGGCUGCAAGUACUUCUUUCAACAGCCACACGGGCUAUCCAUACGACUACGACUACGUUACCACAUCGCCUGCUCUCAGCUUGUUCAAUGGUCUGCCGUUUGAGUCCAACAUGAGCUGUCACCAACAAACAUCUCGACACUAA